AUGCUACCCGUCGGCAGCAUUGGGAAGCCUCUCCUCUAUCCUGUAAUCAUGAACCACCAAUUCUGUGUUCAGAUGACACUGGCCACCCUAUUUAGCUGUCUUGUCAUUGCAAGCAUACACACUAUCGAAACAUUCCAGCUCUCCUUCUGUCACUCCAAUGUUGUCUCUCAGAUCUUCUGUGAUAUCCCCCCUUUACUGAAACUUUCUUGCUCAAACACCUUUAACAACAAACUCUUAAUUCUCCUGACUGCCAUUGGGCUCAGUGGUAGCUGCUUUAUAUUCAUUGUCAUAUCAUAUGUUCACAUAUUGUCAACCGUGUUGAAGGUUCCUGUUAAAGGAGAGCGAGGGAAGGCCUUUUCCACCUGUGUCCCUCAUAUUAUUGUGGUGUCUAUGUUUCUUAGUUCCGGUGCCUAUGUGUAUCUAAGACUUCCAGUAACCUCACAAGUAGUUCAGGAGAUUGCUCUUUCUGUAUUUUAUGCUGUUUUCCCACCAUUCUUAAAUCCUAUCAUCUACAGUCUUAGAAACAAACAGAUAAAAGAGUCUGUGAAGAAAGUAAUGUUAAGAGCUUUUUUCCUUAGGAUAAAAUAA